CACCAUUAUCACACUCUCUAAUACACCUCUAUCACUAAGUGUUCUACUAUACUUUCUCUCCCUGAUCUUCUGCUCAUUUCCUUUCAUAUUAUAAAACGUUAUCAGCACAAGUUUGCUUCAAAUCCCUGAAAUCAUCAUCUUCCCAACAGUUCAUCCAUGGCUAAUAUUAGCAAAAGAGAGUUCGACGUCCUUGAUUUAUCUGGUCAAAAGUACUUGGAAUGGAAAGUUGACGCUUUGGCUCAUUUAAAAGCAAAUGCCCUCGAAAACACAAUUGCUGAAAAUAAUUCAGUUACUCCCCAAAAUAAGGCAAAAGCCAUUAUCUUUCUUCGUCACCAUCUUCAUGAAAGUUUGAAGUCUGAGUAUUUAUUGGUAGAUGACCCUAAAGAAUUAUGGGAUAAUCUCCAAGAAAGGUAUGGCCAUCAACAAAAGGUCCUUUUACCAAAAGCUCAAUAUGACUGGAUCAAUUUACGAUUCCAGGAUUACAAAUCUAUAAGUGACUACAAUUCUGCCUUGUUCCAAAUAACAUCAAAAUUGAAGUUAUGCGGACAAAAAGUCACUGAUGCCGAAAUGUUGGAAAAAAUUCUAUCCACUAUGCAUCUUUCAAAUAUGCUUUUACAAGAGCUAUAUAGACAAAAGCACUUUCAAAAGUAUUCUGAUUUAAUAUCAGUAUUACUACUUGCUGAGACGAAUAAUGACAUUUUGAUGAGAAACCACAAUAUGAGACCCACGGGUUGUAGCCCUUUUAGUUUUGGUCCACAAAAUCAUGGUUCAAAACAUGAAUCAAAUGCAACCCAUAGUGGUGCUCGUGGACAUUUCAAACGUGGUCGUGGUAUUGGUCGUUAUAAUGGACCUAGCCGGGGAAACAAACAGAGUAGUAGCUCUUACAAAGGCAAGGGAAAGCAAAACCCCCAUCAAACAAGAGGCCCGACGAAAUCUUCAGAAAAGGCUAAAGUCACUUGUUUUAAAUGUGGCACGUCAGGACAUUGGGCAAAUAAGUGUCGCACACCUACACAUUUGGUUGACUUAUAUAAAUCAUCUCUAAAAGGAAAGAAUGUGGAAACUAAUUACGUCAACGAAAACGUUCCACCAAUGCCCACAUUUAAUAUGUCUGAUUUCUAUAUGGAUAAUAAUGAGAUGAACACUGACAUCGUCAUGGGUGAAAAAUAAUAAUAAUAAAAAUGAAAUUAUUCUGUUAUGUAAUAUAUUCUACAAUAAAAGUUUGUUGUAUUGUAAUUUUUAUUUGAUAUGCUUGUUUCGGUUGUAAAAGUUAUGUACAUUUUAAUGAAUAAAUUCUUGUUUAUAUUGCAAUAUU